GAAGGGUUAACUUUCAAUACUCUAAGAAAGUAUUACGAAACAGGAACUAAAGUAUUGCCUCUGGAGAGAUUGCUGUAUAAAUGGUUAAUAAACAGAAGAACUUGGAAGAUGAAAUGAAAUGCUGCUGGAUUAAUCAUGAAAAGCUGAGGAGACGCAGAUGCCCCGCUGUAAAAUGCCACGCAGGCAAAGACUGACAGGCACCAGGAUCUGAGGUUUCCCCUGGAUCACUAGUCAGACGUGUUCCAGGGAGCGGGGACUGCUGGCUCACUAAGGUAAGAGGCCCAGGGGGGCAAGCACAAUAAAGAAGACAAACAAACUUUUCAAGAUGAACAAGAUCCGGAAGCUUUUCCGAGGUAGUGGGAGAGCUCUCGCGUUUAUAUUUGUUGCCUCUGUCAUUUGGUUGAUCUUUGACAUGGCAGCUCUCAAGCUUUCAUUCAGUGAGAUCAACACCAAGGUUCUGAAAGAUGAGAUGAUCAGGAGGGAAAGGGAAAGAUUCAAAGUUUGGCGAAACCUAGAGAAGACCCCUGAAAGCUCCAGAAGGGAACCAAAACUUCCCCCGAAAGGCUUUGAAAGGGGGAGAUUUAGUAAAGAGAAAUACAGAAAUAUAGAAGAGAAAGUGGUAGAGGCUGAAAAUGAAAUAGACAAACAGAAUGAAAAGAGAACACCAAAACCAACAGAAAAGAGAAGCAUGGCCUAUAAGAAAAUGAUUGUUCCACUUGGGACAUUCUCAGUGAAACUGCUGAGCCCCUAUCCCUCUGUUCCCAUGGAAAAGAAAGAGAUUAAAAAGCCUGUAAAGGCUGUAAACUCCAUAGACCUGCUGGGAACAAAGCAAACUGUUCCUAAAAGGCUUCAGCAGACCCCAUUAGCUGCAGCAACGGGGAGAUCAGUUGUCAAAUUAACACACAACACAGCUACUGUAAGAAACAAAGUUGCACAGAAAGAGAACCAACCUGUAACUAAGGCAUCAAAGGGCAUUGAAGGAAAUUUAAAAAUUGAGAUUACAGAGAAAAUCCCUUUGGCUGGAUUAAAACAGGAAUUGCAAAUAGAGGCAAACCCCAAGGAACCUCAGAACAAACCCCCAGUACCAGAUUUGCCAAUUCCUGGGCAAAUCAUCCUUGUAAAGCAAAACAGGAUUGGGGUGAAAGCAAUAAAUGGCACCGAACACAAAGCAAACAGCAGUUUGGAUGUACCUGUCAGCAAGCUGGCUGCUGCAAACAGUGCCGAGAAAAAGGGAUUGUCCACAAAGACAACAGGACCGGGAAAGCUGCCGAAGGAAGAUGAAACAAAAGCUGCUCAUGAAAAGAAACUAACUUUCUCUGAAAAUCAGUUUGUCAUUAUUAGUAAAGAAGGGAUAAAAAUCAACAUCCCAGCAACCCAGAAUCUUGUAGCUGAUUCUAAAGGAAAUUUUACAAUGAGAUUGAAAAUGAGACAAGAACAGCAAUUUAUUAGCAACAAAAGUGAGGAUGCCCCUAACAUGAACUCUGUAACCAAGACUGCUGAGUUUAAUGGUCUAACUAAGAAAGCAAUUUUGACUGAAGGUCCGGAGCUAACAAAAGUUCACAGUGUCAGGUUAGAUGAUCAGGAGCAAUUAAGGAAAAGAAAUCGAAGCAGCUAUACGGUCCACUUUACAAGGGACACUGGGAUGCACAAAGUCUUAACGAUUGAUGUAACACUUUCCCCAAGAGAUCCCAAAGCUCCCGGUCAGUUUGGGCAUCCCGCUGCAGUCCCUGACGAUAAGCAAGAAGAGGCGAAAAGUAGAUGGAAGGAAGGAAACUUCAAUGUCUAUCUGAGUGAUUUGAUCCCUGUAGACCGAGCCAUUGAUGACACAAGGCCUGCCAGGUGUUCAGAACAACUGGUUCACAAUGACCUUCCAACUACCACAAUUAUCAUGUGUUUUGUGGAUGAAGUGUGGUCCACUCUUCUACGCUCCGUUCACAGUGUCCUCAAUCGAUCUCCUCCUCACCUGAUUAAAGAGGUUAUUCUGGUGGAUGACUUCAGCACAAAAGAAUACCUCAAGGAUAGCUUGGACAAAUAUAUGUCACAGUUUCCAAAGGUUCGGCUCCUUCACCUCAAAGAAAGACAUGGUUUAAUACGAGCCAGACUAGCAGGGGCAGAGAUUGCUAAAGGUGAUGUAUUGACAUUCUUAGAUUCUCAUGUGGAAUGUAAUGUAGGAUGGUUGGAACCACUUCUGGAAAGAGUCCGUUUAAACAGAAAGAAAGUAGCGUGCCCAGUUAUUGAAGUAAUCAGUGACAAGGACAUGAGUUACAUGACAGUGGAUAACUUUCAGCGUGGGAUUUUUACCUGGCCAAUGAAUUUUGGAUGGAGGCAGAUUCCUCCAGAGGUCAUUGAGAAAGAUAAAAUCAAGGAAACCGAUAUCAUAAGGUGUCCCGUAAUGGCAGGUGGAUUAUUUUCUAUUGAGAAGAAGUAUUUUUUUGAACUUGGAACGUAUGAUCCUGGCCUGGAUGUUUGGGGAGGUGAAAAUAUGGAGCUUUCAUUCAAGGUCUGGAUGUGCGGAGGAGAAAUUGAGAUCAUCCCAUGCUCCAGAGUUGGACAUAUUUUCAGGAAUGACAACCCGUACUCCUUCCCUAAAGACCGGAUAAAAACAGUGGAGCGGAAUUUGGCACGUGUUGCCGAGGUCUGGUUAGAUGAGUACAAAGAAUUGUUCUAUGGACAUGGUUACCACUUAAUCCAGAAAAACCUGGAUGUUGGAGACUUGACUCAACAAAUAGAACUGCGGAAGAAGCUUAAGUGCAAAAACUUCAAGUGGUAUCUGGAGAACAUCUACCCAGACCUGGAAGCUCCUCUUGUUAAAGCCAGUGGGCUGAUUGUUAACAUAGCCAUGGCUAGAUGCAUUACUGUGGAAAACUCCACUCUGGCCUUUGAGACUUGUAACAUUAGCAACAAGAACCAGAAGUUCAACUACACUUGGCUGAGACUAAUAAAACAUGGGGACUUCUGCAUAGCACCAGUAGAUGCAAAGAGAACACUGGGCCUGUACCCUUGCGAUAACAGAAACAAUAGCCUGAAAUGGUUGCAUAAAUCAUUGGUGCCCUUUCAACCAGAACUGAUGGAUCACAUGGUUUUAGAACACCUUCAGCAGCCAACAUGUUUGGAAGUGGAUCAGUCUCACAAAAUCCUGAAGGUUAAUGCCUGUGAUGCCUCAAAUCCUUAUCAGAAAUGGCAGUUUGGAAAUUAUUAUGCUGACUGAAGAGAACACGAUCAAAACAGAAACAGAGAAUUCAAAGCGUGUGAAUUCAAGAAUGUCAUCUGUGAGACUUGUGACAGCAAUUACAAAAUUGGAGGUUCAUUUCCUAAUGGUAAUUUAAAUCCAUCAUUUUAAAUCACAAUAUUGAGAGAUCAAAAUAUCAAGCAACAGCACAUCUGGUUUGAUAUGGUUUAAAACAUUCAGGCAUAUUUUCCACUCACUGUGGGGCACUUGGGGAAGGUUGAGUGAAAGUUUUUUCAGUAAAUGGAAAUACUUUCUAAAGUGCCUCAUGCCCACCUUAAGCAGACCUUCACUGACUGGCUUCAGAGAGAUUAAUGCAAGCUACCAGAAAUAGUUCCAGGGUUCAACCCCUAUGACUGCACAUAGCAUCUUGUGCUGCUGCUCCUACCAAAUUGAAUUCACUGAUUCUGAAAGGUAGGUACCUGGAGCCACUUUUGAAGCUUGGUUUCCCAUGACAAGAGCCCAUCUUUAAUCACAAAAAAUAUAAAUCUUUAAGCACUUCUAACCUGGCAGCGGGCAAAGCCCUAUAAGUGCUGUAUUUGCACACAGGCACUGUGAAUUUGAUACCUUGGUUUGACCUCCUGCUUCUUAGAUGGGCAAGGAGUGGUUAGGCUGCAAAGCAGUGGGGUGUGCCUUAUCUAGCUCUACAGCUAACCCUCUGGAACAGUGCAAGAACAGUAUGAAUCCAGCAGACUUUAAAGAGACUCUCCAUUCAGCCCUUCUCAGCCAGAAAGAAGUGCCUCAGCACAGCACAGAGCCAUGAAAAGGGAAAAAUAAACCAAAGGGUGUGGGAACCUUGUGGUGAUGGGGUGAAGAGCCUCAGAAAGGGCCUGCUUAACCUGAAAAAAACAGAGCUGCAGGGACUUGCUUCUCGCUACUAGUAAAUCCAAGAUGGCAGCCGCACACUGCUGGGCAUGAUUUCAUGGCUCCUGGGUUGGCCACAUGUUAUGCGAUAGUACUGUAUAUGUAUUCAAUGCAAAGCAAACCAGAAAAGGUUAAAUAAUGUUAAACUUCUAACACAAGGGGACAAAAGCUGAGAAACUCUGAGUCUAUGUUAAUUGCCUGUUCCUUUCUCAUGCCACUAUGGAAAAAAUGGAAUCUUUGUUUUUCUUAGAAUAGAAAAUGAUCUGUCAUGGAAGCUUUGAAUGUUUUUGUACCUAAAAUAUCUCAUUCUGCUCUUCCAGAUGAAUGAGAAGGUAGGCAGUUGUUAAAAGUAUGUAAUAGCAGAUUAGGCUUUUGCUGAAUACAUUCCUGUCUGUUGAGUAUAGACAUCCAUAUAUUUUUGUAAUCCAUUUGAUUAGCUGAACUGUAGCUGGUCUGUGAUGCAAACACGUCGAUAGGGCACAUUCUGCACUUCACUGGAGGAGCCCGUGCAUUGGUGGGAGCAGAGUGGCAGUGGCAGCUGUGUACCAGGUAGAAGCACAGGACAAGGGGAUGUCUCAGGGUGGGCAGAAUGCAGCAUGUGCACUAGCUGACUGCAGAGGGGCGAUGUCUCCUAACUGACUUUGCCCACUUGAAGUCCCAGCAUUUCGGAUGGCAUAAUAGCUGGUACUAUCUCCUUCUGCUCCCCUCAGCAUUAAAUAGUUCCUACCUUGCUGCUAGUAGGGAGAGAGGAUGAAAGUGACUCCCUGUGUCUGCUUAUGCCCCAGUGCAGCCACCUAGCGGAGGGCAGGAGCUAGCCUUGGUAUUGUAUCGAUUAAUGAUAAAGAGCAUGUGAUGUUACACUUUGACGGGCAAAGCAGUUGUUAUAAGAAUUGACUAAAAUGUUUGCUUUCUACAAACCAAGCUUGAACCUUUUGGAAAGUGUAGGAUUGGUUUAUUAAAAGAGCACCCCCAGCAGGGCUCUGGAGCCCCUCUCAUAGCCUUACCAUCCAACUCCUUCCUGCUGGAUCUCUUUGCCUGGCCUACACUAGCACCUAUCCACAGUCCUUCAACUUCUCUCUUAUCCUCUUAUGACUACCCAUUACCUCCUUCAGAUGACCACCGGCUAUGCUGACCAGUUCAAUAGGCAUGGCAGGGUCAUGAGCCUUUGGACUGGCUAAUACCACCAGCAGCAGUAGCUCCUUCCAGGCUCUGUGCCCAGCUGAACACAUGGACUCGUGCCUUCCUGAGUCCCUUGUACACUCCCCCAGAGUCAGAGCACAAUCAAGCCUUAUAUUUGUUAUUUUGCUCUGCAUUCUCUUCACUGGAAAGCAACCAAAGGGAACUCUGAUAAAAGUUGCUCCUAGAGAAAGGGUAUAAUGGUGGCUCUUUGCUCUGAUCUGCCCUUUUUGUGUAUAGAACCCUCCAGACUUGAUUUAGAAUAUUCAUAGGCAGGGGAGACAGCGAGUAGGAGCUCCACAUGUCCAGGAACAGGAGUUGUUCUGUGCAUGAAGAGAGGGUAGAAGAUCUGAGUGAAGAUCCACCCUGAAGAAUUGAAGGCAAAAUUGUCCCCUAAGACUAUAUGUCCCAUAUUUCCAUUUCAGACUUUCCAGAUAGCUUCUAUGUUCAUAGGCUUAAAAGGUGAGGACACGUAAGUGCUGACCCUUCUCUCAUGAAGAGUUGAUUUGGAAGAUGGGUUUCCAUGUUUACUCUCUUAGAUCAAAGUGCUACAGCUCUGCUAGCCUCCUUAUCCCGCCUAAUACUCCCCUUGUGCCAUGGGUGGUAGGCUGACGCAGGAGCUGGCUCUGACAGCUUUAUUGCAACAGGGGAAUUCUUCACUGGCUGUUUGCAGCCAGAAUCUAGCUCAUAAUAUUAAAAACCCCAUUAAAGUAACUAAGAGUUUUGUCUUAAAAAGGGCUGCAGAAUUUAGUGCUUCCUGUUCUUGACCUAUUCAUGUACCUCACAUGGAAAAUAGAAUUAGAUGUAGUGCAGUAAAAAUGAGAACUCACCUUUACUCUUACAGCUUUUGGAAUCAAUACACUCAGUUGACAAAACUCAACAUAUUGAAUACCCCUCUGAAUUAAUCCUCAUGUACAUUUUUCAUACUGUGAAACUUUUUAAAAGCUCUUUUAUGUCUGUUGUAUGGGAAGGGGGGAAUCAUACUGGAAUAACUGUCAUCAUUUAGCGAAAGAACAUUUAUUACUUUUUUGAUAGGGUCAAAUUCAGCUGCAACAUGAUAUCUACAUCCAGGGUAUCGUAAUGUUUUGCACAUGGGACUUUCUCCUUGAACUUUUUAUUAUGCCUUUUUCAUGUUUUUGUUAUGUUUUGUGACAAACUGGAGACUCGUGUAAGUGUGAAUGGUCUGUAAUAGAAAUGUAAUUCUUACACUCCUUGGCCAUUGCCUUGUAUGUUGAAAAAUUGGUUUAUCCAAAUAUGAGCACAUUGCCGUAUUAUUUUACAUACAUAGGACUGAAUUUUCAACUCAGUUCAUAUCUUGCUGUUCAUAACAGCCAAGCCUUGCCAUCUCUAAUGUUUAUAGGCGGUUACACAAUAACUCGUCUUUUCUCUUUGAUUUUUCAAAGGGGCCUCAGUAUAAUUUUACCUUUCACAUCAAGGUGCAACACUGACAGUAUUUAACAGGCUGAGCCUGCCAAAAUAUCGAUUUGCCUAACAGACUUUCACAGUUGGCUUCUAUCCUAACUGUCUUCCUGAUUUUUUUCCCCUUUUGUAAUACAACUAGCCUGCAGUGACUAUCAGAAAAAUUACACAGAUGUUGUUUGUGCAGUCAUGUUUUAUCAGACGCAUGAAUUUCAUUAAAUUCUGCUUGCUGACAUUCAAUCAUUUGUCACUUAACGUGCACCAAAUGGUCAUAUGUCAUAGUCACUUCACAUUUCCAGUCUUGUCACUUGUACUGUUAUUCCUGAUUUGUGUAAAUGUUCACUUCAGUGUUGGUAUCUCUUACUUAACGUGUCUAGCAUGUCCCUAGGGACUACUGGUAAUAAUACUGUUGCUGUUCUGUUACACAAUAUUAAGAAACACUCAGAUUAUACCAAUCAACCUUGUCUGAGAACAUUUUUCUGGCAUACUCAGUAAAUAUUCAAAGAAGAAGCCUGCAUAUGUUUUUCUUGGUUUCAUGGAACCACUCACAAUUAUAUUUGUCCAAGAGGGCCUUCUAGAGCCCGAGACAGUGAAGAACACCUUUAUCUCUGCUCACUCAUUGACAUUCCCAUGUAAGAGAACAGAUUACCAUUACCACCUCCAGCGUCCCUAGUUCACAGAUGCAAAUGAAAAUCACUUCUAAUUAGAAAAAUGUGAGACCAUUUACUAGAAUGAGCCUUACUCCCUUUGGCAACUCUUCUACAAGCAUGCAUAUGUUUCCAGCUCCUCUGUAGCCAUGAGUGGCUCUGACUUGUUUGGCUGGGAUACAGACAAAUGAUUAUCAUGCUCAUCUUUUCAAAAAUCAAAUAAACAAUUUUAACACUUUCCAGUGAUGUAAUUUACAACCUGAGUACCAAAUGCUGCACUCGGAUACCUUUCGUGUCUUUGAAUCAUAGACAUUAGAGAUGCACAAGACCUCUUAAAUCAUAUUCCAUCCCCCUGUCGAUGAGGGAUCAUCUAUUAUACAUAUAUUAGAGCUAUGGUCCAGGCUGUAGUCAGAGUAGCAUGUGCAUUUAAGGGUAGAAAUUAACACAGUCUCAUUCCUAUGAGGAUGAUGAAAAAAGCCGAUAACACUGAAGUUCACAUCAAUCUUUUCCAGAGAUUUUUGCCGAAGACAGCAAAAAUUAGGAGCAUUCCAAAACAAUAGAAAUAUUUACCUACAUCAUCUAACUUUUCUAAUGAGUCAUAAAAGACACUACACUAGAAGCUUGGGACCAGAGAUUUGGGACAAAGAGUUUGGCACUUGGGAAGGUAGGUGCUGCAAAGGCUGUUGGCCAACUUGGUAGGUCCUUGAUUCUUGAGCCUCUGCGUGUUGGUCCAGUCCUCAGGAGCAACUUACUGCAGCAACAGCCCUGUUCAAAGCAAUAACAGUCACCAACAGGUCAUUCCGGCAGCCAGGGAAUGCCAAACUACAUUAGUGCUUGUCAUUCCUCCUUUACCCCCUGGCCAACUGCCCUAUGAUGGAAUCCCCGAUUAGCCAGUUACGGUAUGUCUACAUUGCAACCAGGAGGUGUGAUUGCAGCAUGUACAGACAUACCUAAACUAGCUUUGAUCAAGCCAGCUCACUAAAAAUAGCACUGAAGCUGUGGCAGCACAAGUGGAGGUCCCAUGCAGGAUUGUACUUGGGCUGGCAGACUGUGGUGACACCAUGUCUACAAUGCUAUUUGGAAUAAGCUGGUUUGAUCAAAGCUAGGUUGGGUGUGCCUAUACCUGCUGCGAUCGCAUUACCCCAUUGCACUGUAGCGAUACUCUUAAAUUAACUUUAGGCCUGCUUUGGGAAUGUGAGCUGUGCAAACCAGCCAUCUAGCAGUGGCCAGAAUCUGACCCUUGGUCAUUGUCCACUUGCGGCUCAACUGUUUAAUUUAAAAUGGUGCUAGGUACUUUUUAUGUUUUAAGCAAUGAAUUGUCCUUUGUAGGUAUCAUUCCAUGUAUAACUGCUCUUCCUGAACUUAACCCUUUUAUUUUAGUUUCCAUUUGUACCUAUUCAAAACAUUGAGAUUAUUUCUGCCUAAAAGCAUUUUUUGUGAAUUUUAAAAUGUACCCAGGGACACUAUGCAAUGUAAAUAUCUCAAAUGUAAAAGAAAUUUUAAGAGUGGUAGCUUUGUUCAUGACCAUGUUGAUGAGAAAGGUGUACAUGUUUUUAAAAUGUGAACAAAUGGGUUUUAUAAAAUGUGAUUUAUGGGGAGUUUUAACAGUCCAUAUAUGCUGUAAGAUAACAGGCGGCCUUCACCAUGUCAAUUUAUCUAAGUAGUCUGGAUCCAAAAGGCUGAAGUUGAAAACCUGGUUUGAUUUGUAUACAAAAAAAAGUUAGAAAACAUGGAAAUAAAGGACUGUACAUGAA